GUGGGAGAUCAUUCGAUCACCGCGUCUGCGCGGCGAGUUGUGGUCCGGUUGGAUCCAGAUCCUCAUGUCCAUGCAGGCCAUGAACCCACACAAGCGGCGUAGCCUGAAUCAUGUGGAGUUCACAAGCCCCUCGUGGGGAAAUGCGCUGACGCUGCACACAGACCUUGGGUCUAACACCUGGCUCAUCCUUGAUGCCAUCGAGUUCAAG